AUGGCGCAAGCUGCACAAGCCCAGGCCGCUCAAGCCGCUCAGGCGCAAGCAGCGCAAGCAGCACAAGCACAAGCACAAGCCCAGGCAGUCCAGACGCAACUGGCGCCCGGCUUCCCCAACAUCCUCAGCGAGACCACCGCUGCCACCUGGUUGGCCAUCGGUUCGCUCGCCGAAUCGCUCGGCGAUCUCGAGAAGGCGUUGAGCUCCUACGACGCCGCUCUCAGACACUUGCCCAACAACCCCGAGACCUUGAUCAAACUCGCCAAUAUCUACCGGUCCAAGGAUGUCUUCUUCAAGGCCGCCGAGCUUUACGAACAAGCUUUAAACUAUCACCCCGAAAACGGCGAAACCUGGGGCUUAUUGGGCCACUGCUACCUCAUGUUGGACGACUUGCAGCGUGCGUACGCUGCAUAUCAGCGCGCACUUUACUACUUGGAUAACCCCAACGUGCCCAAGCUCUGGCACGGCAUCGGGAUUCUCUACGACCGUUACGGGUCGUUGGAGUACGCAGAAGAGGCGUUUGUGCGGGUGUUGGAGUUGGACCCCAACUUCGACAAGUCCAACGAGAUCUACUUCCGGUUGGGUAUCAUAUACAAGCACCAGGGCAAGUUGCAGUCUGCACUUGAAUGCUUCCAGUACAUCCUCAACAACCCUCCGCACCCAUUGACGCAGCCCGACGUGUGGUUCCAAAUCGGGUCCGUGCUCGAGCAGCAGAAGGACUGGUUGGGUGCGAAGGAUGCAUACGAAAAGGUGUUGGAGGUCAACCCGCAGCACGCCAAGGUGUUGCAGCAGUUGGGCUGCUUGUACUCGCAGGCAGAAACUACCACGCCAAACGGCACCACUGCUGCCAAUGGCGCCAACGGCGCGGCCCCAGGCGCGUUCCAGCAGGACCUCGCCAUUGCGCUCAAGUACCUCUCGCAGUCACUUGAAAUUGACCAGAGCGACGCCCACUCGUGGUAUUAUCUCGGCAGGGUGCACAUGAUGCGCGGCGACUUCAAUGCUGCAUACGAAGCUUUCCAGCAGGCUGUCAACCGUGACUCGAGAAACCCUACCUUCUGGUGCUCCAUCGGUGUGCUCUACUACCAGAUCUCCCAGUACCGUGACGCCCUCGACGCCUACACCCGUGCCAUCCGAUUGAAUCCCUACAUCAGUGAAGUUUGGUACGAUUUGGGUACCCUUUACGAAACCUGCAACAACCAGAUCAGUGACGCAUUGGACGCAUACAGACAGGCAGAGAGAUUGGACCCUGGAAAUCCCCACAUCAAGGCCAGAUUGGACCAAUUGGUCAAGUACCAGCAGGACGGUAACACUCACCCACCACAACCACCUCCAGUCAGCCAGCAGCCUAGAUUGCCCCAAGGAAUGGUGUUGGAAAGUGCGCAACAACCACAGCCAGGUGUUCCCGGAGGCCCUCCAGGAGCCGCAGGACCACAGCCACCGGCUGGAAGCUCGGGUCCCGUACCUCUCCACAUGUUGGGAACCCAGCCACCUGCGGGCCCUCCAGGAGCUCCUGGCCAGCUUCCUCAACCUCCACAAUUGCAACAACCAUACCAACACCCAUCGCAACUUCCCCCACAAUUGCAAGCUGUGCAGCAAGCGCCCAGCGUGCAUCAGCUCAACGUCCCUGAGAGAGGCAAGUCACCUGCGGGUGCGUCUGCGCUCGCUGCACUUUCUGCACCGGCUGCACCGGCUGCUCCUGCCGCCGCCACUCCGCCGGUUGCAAGUAGUCUGAACGGGUCCAAGAGAGAUCUCGACGACAAGAGAGAUACCAAGUUGUUGAAGAAGGCACACGCCUCAUCGUCCAAGUCGUCGCCCAAGCCAAACAACAGUUCGCUCAGCUCGUUGAUGAACGCCGCUGCCUCGGUGGCUUCUGAGGACGCCAGAACUGAGGCCUCGGUCAAGGCUGAAAACGGAAGUGUGCAGCCCACAGCACCUGCGGCCUCGGCACCAGCAUCCAACUCCGGUACUCCUGCCCCCAAAAUCCCCCAGUUCUCGUCCAACGUGACUGGCAAGAACGAUGAUGAUGACGACGACGACGACGUGGAAGACGAAAAGAAGAACGAGGCCGUCGAGCCACCCAUGAGAAAAGUCGAAGAAGACGAAAAUUACGAUGACGAAUGA